CACCAAAUCCCCCCCCCCCCCCCCGCAUCUCACCAACCAUGGCCGACGCCUCCGACUCCGACGCCGGCGCCGGAGCCCAGCCGCGCGACGACCCCAGCCUCCUCCCCUUCGCCACCUUCUCGCUCUCACUCUCCGUCCGCGCGCCGGCUGCCCCCACCCUCGCCUCCGUCCCCUCCACCAUUCACCUUCCCACCCAAAUCUCCACGCUCGCCGUCUGCCUCCAUCCCUCCUCCGCCGCCGCACCGUCCUCCUCCCGCCGCCCCACGCGCCUCAACUCCGCCGCCUCCUCCGUCAUCUCCCCGCUCCCGGCCUCCACGCCGGGCCUCUCCCGCUCCUUCCCCUCCGGCGCGCCCGCCGCCGCCGGGCGCCGCCGCACGCUCGUAUGGUUCCGCGCCGACCUCCGCAUCCACGACCACGAGCCGCUCCACGCCGCUGCGGGGGCGUCCUCCUCGCUCCUCCCUGUCUUCGUCUUCGACCCGCGCGAUUUCGGCAAGUCACCCUCGGGGUUCGACCGCACCGGCCCGUACCGCGCCAACUUCCUGUUGGACUCCGUCUCCGACCUGCGCCGGAGCCUCCGCGCGCGCGGCGGGGACCUGGUGGUGCGGGUGGGCAGGCCCGAGGUGGUCAUCCCCGAGCUCGCGCUGGCGGCGGGCGCGGAGGCAGUGUAUGCGCACGGGGAGGUGUCGCGGGACGAGUGCCGCGCCGAGGAGAGGGUGCGCAAGGCUGUCGAGAAGGAGGGCGUGGACGUCAAGUACUUCUGGGGCAGCACGCUGUACCACGUCGAAGACCUGCCCUUCCGGCUCGAGGACAUGCCGUCCAACUAUGGCGGCUUCAAGGAGGCCGUGAAGGGGUUGGAGGUCAGGAAGGUUCUCGAGGCACCUGAGGAGGUCAAGUGCGUGCCCAUGAAGAAUGUGCUCGAGCCUGGCGACAUCCCCACGCUCUCCGAACUUGGGCUCACUGCGCCGCCGGCCAUGCCACAGGACUCAAAACCUGCUGUUGGUUGUACCCUCAUUGGUGGUGAGACAGAAGCUAUGGAGAGACUGAAGAAGUUCGCUACAGAAUGCUGUAUGCAGCCAAACAAAGCAGGCAAAGACAAUACUCGAGGUAGCAUGUAUGGUGCUAAUUUCUCCUGCAAGAUUUCACCAUGGCUUGCUACGGGGUGCCUCUCUCCACGGUUCAUGUAUGAGGAGUUGAAGAAGCACGCUACGAGAGCACCCAAGAAUGGUGAUGGCACAUCGGAUGCUGGGACAAAUUGGUUAAUGUUUGAAUUGCUAUGGAGAGAUUUCUUCAGGUUCAUCACAAAGAAGUACAGUUCUGCACAGAAGACCUCUGAAGUUGCCACUGGUUGCACCCCUGCCCCUGCGCUUGCAUGAACGUAGUUAGACAAGCUGAUGGUCAGCUGCUUCCUUUUGGGUGACGAACUUAUGCAAACUUUGAAUGGAGUUUGAUUUUUUCCCCAAUAAAUGUUGCUAGUGAAAGUGAUGCCCUGAGUGAGCUGUUCUUGCAUUUUGGACUAAUUUGAUCUCAGAAGAGAUCUUUGUAUCUGCCGACAUUCCUCCAAAAACUGUUCGAUACUUCAAUGAUAUUGUGAGCAACCUUGAAUA